AUGUUCAGGCCCCUCAACACCAGACUCAAAGAACAGCAGACCUCGGUCAACAAACUCGACAUGAAAUCCGCUAUUUCCGAACAUAUCCUGAAGAACCAAGACCACAACAUCAUGUCCAAGAGAGAGAGAGAGAGAGACCUCCAACCUGUUCCUCAUGACCUCCAACCUGUGCCUCAUGACCUCCAACCUGUUCCCUAUGACCUCCCACCUAUACCUUAUGACCUCAAACCUGUUCCCUAUGACCUCCCACCUAUACCUUAUGACCUCCAACCUGUUCCCUAUGACCUCCAACCUGUUCCUGAUGACCUCCCACCUAUACCUUAUGACCUCAAACCUGUUCCCUAUGACCUCCCACCUAUACCUUAUGACCUCAAACCUGUUCCCUAUGACCUCCCAUCUAUACCUUAUGACCUCCAACCUGUUCCCUAUGACCUCCAACCUGUUCCUGAUGACCUCCCAACUAUACCUUAUGACCUCAUACCUGUUCCUUAUGACCUUCAACUUGUUCCUGAUGACCUCCCACCUAUACCUUAUGACCUUCAACCUGUUCCCUAUGACCUCCAACCUGUUCCUCAUGACCUCCAACCUGUUCCUCAUGACCUCCAACCUGUGCCUCAUGACCUCCAACCUGUGCCUCAUGACCUCCAACCUGUGCCUCAUGACCUCCAACCUGUGCUUCAUGACCCUUCACGGUUCGUUACAUGA